CAGGUUUUAAAGCUCCGGCCUGUUUCGGGGUUCCUCUUUCCCUCAUAUUCUUACCUAGUUACUUUCCUGGUUCCGUUCGACUUGCUUGUUACUGGUGGUUAGACAUAACCAAGCGACAUGGCGCAAGAAGACAGUUUCCUCUACGCCUUGAGCUCCAACAACGCCUGGGCCGGCUACAAAGCGCACCAGAACCCCAACUUCUUCCCCAAGCUCGCAAGCGGGCAAGCACCUCAAAUCCUCUGGCUCGGCUGCUCGGACUCGCGCUGCCCCGAGACCACCAUCCUCGGCCUGCAACCGGGGGACGUGUUCGUGCACCGGUGCAUCGCCAACAUCGUGUCGGCGACCGACAUCAACACGUCGGCGGCGAUCGAGUUCGCCGUCGCCCACCUGCGCGUCGCCCACGUCGUGCUGUGCGGCCACUCGGCCUGCGGCGGCGCCCUCGCCACCGUCGGCCGCGCCCGCCUCGGCGGCGUCCUCGAUACGUGGCUGACGCCGCUGAGGGCCAUUCAUGCGGCGCAUGAGGAGGAGUUGGCGGGGAUCAAGGAUGAGGGGGCGAGGGCGGUCAGGAUUGCGGAGUUGAAUGUCGAGGCGGGGGUUGCGGUGUUGAUGGCGAAUGGGGUGGUGCAGGAUGCGGUGAGGGAGAGGGGGCUGGAGGUGCAUGGGUGUUUCUUUGAUCUUGCGAGUGGGAGGAUUAGGGAUUUGGGGUUUGGCACGAAGAGGGGGGUGAGGGUGGCGGGCGGUAACGGGGAGGAGGUUAGGGGGAGGCAUGCGCAGCUGGUGUUUAGGGGCGGGAACGCUUCGAUGGCGGUGCGGUGA